GUGACGAAUUUGUUUUGUUAUAGAAUAUUUGCGCAUACGUAUGUAUUAAUAGCAUAUCAGGCGACAUAUGUUGAUCAUUGUCAAUAUAUGUCACUUCCAUGGGAAUGUUUCAUGAUGCGAACACCGAUUACUUUGACAUUACUCCUAAAUGCGGCUUCGACACCUGCAAUAGUUAUCGAGAGAAUUGUUGCCACACAUUUUUCAUCCAGAUAUGAGAAAUUUGGCAAAAGUAUCGCUGUUAUACUUGUCAUAGGACAGUUAGCCAUUGGUGUUGGAAGUUUUCUGUUUAUUGUUAGCAAUUUUAAAAUAUUCGAUACGGAAAAAGUGGUUUACUGCUCAACGGCUAAUGAAGGAAAUGCACUAAAAUCUGCCAUCAUUUUCGGCUUUUAUAUGACCAUCGAUAUGCUUUCUGCUUUAUCCUUUCCAGUUUUAUUUUACAUUAAUAAGGAAAUUUUUGCCAUUUUCUAG